CUAAUGGUCCUAAUGUUGGCAGUGCUGCUUUCUUGAAGCAUGCUAUUUUUAGGUUAUGUUUUCAACUUUCUUUCAAUCAAAAAUCAAAACGAAGAAAACAAUUUCCAUAACAAUCACGAUUUUUUCCCGAUUGAUAAAUAUUUACCAUGGGUAAACGAAAAAGAGGUCGUUGUGUUAGGAAGAACACCAACAGUCAAAUAGAAGCCAACGAAGUUGUGCAAGCUCCACAUUCUUUUGUAAUACAUAGAGGAAUCCCCGGAGGAAAUGCCCUAGAACUGACGAAAGAUUUCAGAAAAGUAAUGGAACCUUACACCGCAUCUUCCCUCAAAGAAAGAAAGAAGAAUACCAUCAAAGACUUUGUAUCUAUAGCAGGGCCUCUACAUGUCUCCCACUUAUCUAUUUUCUCACGAACUGAGUUGGGCAUGUACCUCAAAAUUUUACGCCUACCCAGAGGUCCCACCCUGACAUUCAAAAUCCAUAACUUCUCUUUGGCCAGAGAUGUAGUUUCUUCACUCAAAAAGCAAAGGGUUGUGGAAGAUGCUUUCAAACACUCCCCACUCAUUGUCUUGAACAGCUUCAGUGGAGAAGGGCUGCAGUUCAAAUUGAUGGCUUCAAUGUUCCAGAACAUGUUUCCAACUAUAAAUCUUACAAAUGUUGAUUUGAACACUGUUAGGAGGUGUGUACUGAUGAGUUACAAUGCUACAACUAAGCUUGUAGACUUCAGGCACUACAAUAUCAAGAUUAUACCUGUGGGGGUUUCCAAGGGGGUGAAAAAAGUUGUGCAAGGAAAAGUCCCAAAUUUGGCAAACUGUAAUGAUAUUACAGAGUUUUUCACAAAGGUUGGAAUGUUGUCAGAAAGUGAGGUUGAGGAUGAUCCUCAGAACCAUGUGACUUUAGCCCAAAAAAUCAUUUCAAGAGGUAAUAUGGAGCAAGGAAAAUCUAGUAUUAGAUUGACAGAGCUUGGACCAAGGCUAACACUGCAAUUGAUAAAAAUAGAGGAUGGUUUACUAGAUGGAGAAGUUUUAUAUCAUGACUCAAUCCACAAAACUGAUGAAGAAAAGAUAGAUAUUCAAGAGAAAAGACUAGCUAAACAAAAGUUGAAGGAGAAAAGAAAAAAGGUUCAAGAUGCCAACAAGAAAGCUAAAGAGCAGGCAAAGCAAGAUCAUAAAGAAAAAUCAUUAAAGGGGAUGAAGAAAGAUGAUACAUCUGAAAUGACAAAGAAAAUACCUUCUAGUAAUGAAGAUGGGGUCCCCUAUGAAGCAGAUGAUGAUGCAGAGUAUUACAGACAAGAUGUUGGGGAAGAACCUGAUAAAGAUUUGUUUCCUGUUAGAUCUGCAAUUAAGAGAAAAUUUGAUGCUCCUUAUAGUCAAUCCAAAAGACCCAGAUUGAAUGAUGAAAGGGGUUCUAGAAGUGACAAGCAAAAUGGCAAAUUCAAAAAGUUCACCAACAAAAGUAGAGGUGAAAAUGGCAGAGGAUUCAGUAAAUUCAACAUCAGAGAUCAGUCAAACUCCCCACACAAAAAUAAAUUCAAUAAAGGUGAUAGUAAAAGAGGAGGAAAUAGUAAAUUUAAGAAGGUUGACAAAACAAAUUCACAAAAUAGGGACCACAGGCCAAUUGGAGGAAAGUUCAUAAGGAAAUCAACAAAAAAAACUUUAAAUAAAUCGAAUAAAAGAUAAUUCAAUACUUGUAAUAUGAAACAUUAUGAAAUAUUUGUUUU